GCGCGCCCACACCAUCACGGCCCUGGUCAUCUUCAGCUGUAUCCUGGUGUACGUCGCUCUCUUUGAGGAGCCCACGCUGGACAGAGACUACAACGCCAAGAGAGGUCUGGUGGCCAUCAUUUUGGCUUUUCUGCUGUUUGGCGUGAUCAACACUCCAGACGGAGCCUUUAUCCGUCCACACCCUGCCUUCUGGAGACUGGUCCUGUGUUUGAGCAUUGUUUACGAGCUCUGCUUGGUCUUCAUACUCUUUCAGACUGUCAGUGACGCCCGGCACCUCCUGAAAAAUUUUGACAGCAAGCUUGGGGAGCAGCUACCAGAGAAAGCCUAUGGGGGGAACUGCCUCAUCUAUGACGCCAACCAUACAGACCCAUGGCAUAAUAUGUGGGACAAGAUGGAUGGAUUUGUCCCCACCCACUUUUUUGGCUGGUGGUUGAAGACGCUGAUCCUGCGUGACUGGUGGCUGUGCACAGUGCUGUCCAUCAUGUUUGAGCUGUUGGAGUACACUCUGGAGCACCAGCUGCCAAACUUUAGCGAGUGCUGGUGGGACCACUGGAUCAUGGACGCCGUGGUCUGUAACGGUCUGGGUAUCUACCUGGGAAUGAAGACCCUCAACUACCUGUCCAUGAAGCCUUACCACUGGAGAGGAAUGUGGAACAUCCCAACAUACGGUGGAAUGUUGAAGAGAGUGGCUCAGCAGUUCACGCCGUACAGCUGGACGGAUUACGACUGGAAGCCCACCUCCAGUCUCAAGAGAUGGCUGUCUAUGCUGGCCGUGAUUAGUAUAUUUUUGUUAGCGGAGCUGAACACAUUUUACCUCAAGUUUGUGUUUUGGAUCCCUCCGGAGCACUAUCUCAAUCUCAGUCGGCUCGUGUUCUUCCUCUUCAUGGGAGCUGCCGCCAUGAGAGAAGUUUUCCAGUAUCUGGACGAUCCGAACUGUAAAAAGUUUGGGCGGCAGUCCUGGCUCAUCGCGGCCAUCAUCAUCACGGAGUUCCUGAUUGUGCUCAAGUUUGACUGGCAGACGGUGACCAUGCCGCUGCCCACGCCCAUCACCAUCGCCUGGGGCAUCGGCGUGCUGGGCCUGGUGGUCUGGACGGGCCUCAAGUUCUACAUCCUCAAGGAUGUGAAGCAUGAUAUACCAGGGCUUGAGGGGGACCAGCAGAAAGCUCAGUUUGUGCAACCUACCGGCAACGGCAGCAGCAGCAACAGCAGCAACAGCAUCAACAACAACGGGCUGGAAGAUUCCUCCUUCGUUCAACAGUUGCGAUCCCGCAAUGUGGUCAAGCGGAAAGAGUGACCGACCGCCUCCUUCUAGGGUCAGAGCUAUAGUUGACUGAAUGCCUUGGACUGUGGACAGAUGUUGUGUGUCAUCACACGGUGGAGUCAGGCGCUCGUCAAUUUUUGGGGCAUAUGAGGGUUAUUAGUAUUCUCUUAAUUAAUUAAAACUGGUUCUUUUGUCUUGCUUAUGAGGGGAAAUACCGAUUUACCUGGAUUAGAAAUUGAGAUAUCUGCGUCUUGCCUGUGACAGAGGUAAAAUACGCGAGAAGAAAAUGGACGCUGAAUUUAGGCGACACCCAAAGUUUGAGUCUCCUUGGAAAUUGCAUACUUUUACAUUUCUUGUGCCUUUGAUCAAUGUUUUUCAGAAAAAAUCCACCCAGAAAUGGGGAUUUUAAAUGGACGUAAAAAGUGUUAAGUUAAAAAAAAAUAAA